AUGAACGUGGACACGAAGGAUCAAGGUUCCCCAGCUCCGUCGGCGGAGCGCACGGAAGCCAGCCAGGAGAUUAGCGCCGCCGGAGACCAGCCCGAGCAGCCGAAGACCGAGGCCAACGGCGACGGAGCGACGAAUGGCACCCCGGCGAACCCCCAGAAGCCCAACCCGAAAGACCCGUCAAGGCCCCGGAGGAAGAAGGCGAGACGGGCUUGCUUUGCUUGCCAGCGGGCGCACUUGACUUGCGGUGAUGAGCGGCCGUGUCAGCGGUGCAUCAAGCGCGGUCUGCAGGAUGCGUGCCACGACGGGGUCCGGAAAAAGGCCAAGUACCUCCACGAUGCGCCGGAUGGGGCAUUGAUGCCGGGGAUCGGUGGGACCUUUUACAAUAAUGCCCUGCGAAACGGCAUGCCGCUGUCCCGGAAUGGUCAAGGCGGCGCAACCUUCUAUCCCACGCCCCAGUCGACGACCUUUGUCUAUCAGGAGACUCCCAUCAACCAGGUCUCAUUUCCCUCGCAAUCACCAGUGUCCCCGACGUUCAACCUCAAGCCCACCCCGACCGCGCGCGCGAACAGCCUAUCAUCCUCGGUCAAUCCGCAACCGCCAACCACGGGCGUCUCCGGGCCACCGGGCCCGGGCCAGAAUCCGUUCGCCGGUCCGUUCUUUGAUCCCAGUGACCCCGCGCUCUUCAACUUCGACCUCUCCAGCAUGAACUUCGAGAACCGAUACGGCGCAUUGGAAUUUGGCAUGCUGGGACACAUGGCGACUGGCGCCGGGGACUCCCCGAGCGAUUCUGCCACGCAGCGAGGAUCCAUGGGGCGCAGUGGCUCGGCACAAUUCGCCUCGACCCCGAUCACCGGUGCCCCAGGUUUUGGCGAAAGCCCAGGCAACCAGCAGCCGUUUAUGUUUGGGGACCCGCUCCUGAACGAAUGGCCUAGCGGGCAGACCCCGGGACAACCGCAUCUGCCGGGGGUCUAUGCGUCUGGGCAAGGCAGUGCGAUCCCCGGACACCUGACCAAGGCUGAUGCGCCCCAUGCCUUUGCGAUUGAGAGCGGGCCGGCCAGUUUCAAUAGCCCCGGAGCGACCACCAGCCCGCAGCUGCCGACUGGACUCGAGGAAUCCCCGUUUCACAGUGCGCUCGCCAGCAAGUCGAAUGGAUUGGCGCCCCACGGACAACGGCCGAUCAUCACGACGCCGAGUCUGAAGCAUCAGCAUUUGCAGGUCAGCGCGCGGCGGCGCCAACGCAACCCGUCGGCCAUCUACGACAGCGUCAAAGAGCCGUAUGCCUACACGAGUCGAUUCCACAACCUCACGGCCUUCAUCCAGCGGCGCUUCCCGCCCCAGAAGACGCUGCAGAUUGCCAAGGCGCUGGCAUCGAUCCGGCCGUCCUUCAUUGCGACGACCAAGACGCUCAACCGGGACGACCUGAUCUUCAUGGAGAAGUGCUUCCAGCGGACACUAUGGGAGUACGAGGAUUUCAUCAACGCGUGCGGCACCCCGACCAUUGUAUGUCGACGGACGGGCGAGAUCGCCGCGGUGGGCAAGGAGUUCAGUAUCCUGACGGGGUGGAAGAAGGACGUGCUCCUGGGCAAAGAGCCCAAUCUUAAUGUCAACACGGGGGGUUCUACCAUGCCGAGCUCGGGGGCCUCGUCGCGCAGCUUCACGCCGCGAUCGGCCGCGGAGAAUCCGACCCCCGGACGACCGCAACCGGUGUUCCUGGCGGAGCUGCUGGAUGAUGACAGCGUGGUGCAAUUCUACGAAGAUUUCGCGCGGCUGGCGUUUGGCGACUCUCGGGGCAGCGUGAUGACGACAUGCAAACUACUGAAGUACAAGACGAAGGAGGACAUGGAGGGGGCGGCAGGCGAGGAUGGACACCGGUGGAACAGCCACCUGCGCAAGGGCGGGAUUGCCAGCGAGGCGGGGAUGAACCAGCUGGGGUUCAAGGACGGGAAGGUCGAAUGUGCAUACUGCUGGACAGUCAAGCGAGACGUGUUCGACAUUCCGAUGUUGAUUGUGAUGAAUUUCUUACCGUGCAUUUAA